AUGUACAACAAUACAACAUCGCGCUGCAGCCCAGGGUGCAUACAGACAGGUGCUUGUUUCACAGAAACACUGAAAAAUAUAUCAAUACAAAACAUACUUAUAUAUUCGUUGCACAUACAAAAAGCUGUGAGUAACGUAAUGACAUAUCGACAGCGCGCGGACCAUGCGCGAGUCGCGGUCGGGGAGUUAGUCCACUACGCGGGAACACUGACCAGGUUCCUACCUCAACAACGUACACGUCCCCGGCUACUCUACAAGCUAAGGCGCGCGGUCCCGGAUAAUACUGAGCGGUUACACCAAUGA